AUGACGAAACGAAAGCGUAUUCAAGAAGAAACCGAACUCCCAACUUCCACGAGAAGCACUGAUCAGCGUAUCUUUCAAAAUGAUACUCAUUUGUCGAAACCACGAAAAAAUGGUAGAAAACGGGGCUCUCCAAAGAGUACAAGACUCGGAUGCGAGACUUCAACAGAAGCCUCGCCAGACGGCCCCACUGUCGAAGAGGUUGAUCCUAUUUUUCCUGGACAUUCAAAAUCGAGCCAUAUUGUGUCAUCACCAUUGCCCAUCCGGAAAGCUCUAUUGAAAUGGUAUGCUACUGUCUGUACCGACCGUGGCAUGCCAUGGAGGAAGCCACAUGAUGUCAAUCUGGACAUGAAGGGACGGGCACAAAGAGCUUAUGAAGUAUGGGUGAGUGAAAUAAUGCUACAGCAAACACAGGUUGCUACCGUCAUUCCUUACUACAAUGCAUGGAUGAAGAAGUCAGUUGUUGACCUUGCAAAAUCAUCAGUGGAUGAAGUGAAUGCACUAUGGAAAGGAUUGGGCUACUAUUCCAGAGCUAGUCGCUUGCUGGCCGCAGCUCAGAUAGUCGUUCGAGACUAUCAAGGCAGACUGCCCAACAAUGCAAAAGAGAUGGAGGCCCACAUACCAGGGAUUGGGCGUUACAGUGCAGGUGCCAUAAGUUCUAUUGCCUAUGGAGAACGUGUUCCUGUGGUUGAUGGAAAUGUACACCGUCUUUUCAGUCGAUUUUUAGUGCUUCAUGCACCCCCAAAAUCAAAGGCCACUCAGGAUAUUCUUUGGGCUGCAGCCACGGCUAUGGUAGAACAUGAAUAUGAUGAUGCGGACUAUCCCGGAGACAUUAAUCAAGCACUCAUUGAGUUAGGUAGUACAAUCUGCAGGCAUCAGUCAUUACCUGACAUCGAAGAUCUUUGUGACUUGUGUGAGCCGUUGACAAAAGAAAACGGUGUCACGGUUUAUCCGAUGAAAGCUAAAAAGAAAAAAGCAAGGGUCGAGUUAGACGUUGUUAGCAUUGUUGAGUGGCGGUCGAUAGAUGAUCGGCAGUUUCUACUGGUCAGACGGCCAGACAAAGGCCUUCUUGCUGGGCUUUAUGAGUUUCCGACAACAUAUAUGGCCUCAGCUCCGGCAUUAAUGGAAAUUCCAUCAGACUUAGUUCAUCAACAACUGCUUGACGUCCUCGAGGAUUCAGUGUUACCUUGCAAAGAAAAGUCUCUUCAAAGCCUUGAGCCCAAGUGCUCUAGCAGUCCCGAAUAUCGUGUGGUGAAUGUAACUCCGAUGGGGGACGUAUCCCAUGUAUUCUCUCAUAUCAAGAAAACUUACCGCGUUCAAUGGGUUGUGAUCGAGGGCGGCACACAGCCGCCUCUGCUCAAAUGUGGUCCUGGACAACCAAGUUUGGACCAUGGAGAAUAUAACACUCCCAAGAAUGCUUUCUGGGCGUCUGUUACCAGCGUGACAAAAGCGAAUAUUUCUACAGGUGUUGACAAAAUUUGGAAAUAUGCCUUGACAAUUUGGGAGACUCAGGAGGUCUAUUCGUAG